AUGACUGAAGUCGAGAAUGAUUUUGAUGAAAAAUCUGUGGAUGACUUAGAUAAGGAUGAUUUAAUCCGACUGUUUGCUUACCUUCAAGGGGAGCUGGAAGCAAGAGACAUAGCACUUGCUACUCUAAGGGUGGGUUGUUUUCUAAUGAUUUAUUUUCAGUCUGAGCACAUAAAUACAGCCAAUCUAAGGGCAAAAUAUGGUAUUGUAGUAAACGACCGACAUAGUGUCAGAGACUUGAGGGAUCCUUUUCAGGCAUUACGAAGAGAUUCACUGUGCUCACCUCUUUGCGAUAAUGAAUCUGCUUUAAAGCCACUGUACGAUAGCCAGUUAUUACAGCUAGAGAAUCUCAUAUCAUCUCAAAGGUAUGCUCAAAACAAAAUGCGAGAUCAACUAGUCCUGAUGGAAAAAAGAUAUGUCAAGGUAUGUGAAGAGUUAGAGGAAGAACGUCGAAAACACGAAAGAGAUGCUGCUCAAGGCGAUGACGUCUUAGUUAUGCUUGAAAAGGAACGUGAAAGGCUCAAGUCUGAGGUUGACUAUGAAAAACUACAGAACAAAAAACUCACCCGUGACUUGAGGCGUGUAAUUCUCAGUUGGAGGGAACAAAAUGUUUUGUGUAAUAAGCAAAAAUUUGCUGCUGUUACUCUCAUAAAAGAGCGCAAACGUCUUUCUAAUGAACUGGCUAGCAAGCAGAAACGUGUGGCUGAGCUGGAGCGAUCACUGCAACAGAAUAGCCUUAAUACUAAAGCACUCAGUCCAGAUCGUACCAACUCUGAUAGCAAGAUGACUGGAACAGUUGGUUCAGAUAAUAACGUGUGCUGUAGUCAUCAGUGCGAGUUGUUACGGCAAAAGCUGGCCGAGGAAAUGGAAACUCGUAAAGCAAUUGAGUGCAGUUUUGAAAGACUUAAAGCAGAUUAUCAAAGACUGGUAUCCGAAUCUUACCCCAAGGAUAAUACAGCCAAUCGUCCUCCAGAAGAUUCAGUUGGUGUCAGUGUCUCAUUGAUUAACGGUCCAUGGGUUUCUACUGAAAAUUAUAGUAGUCCUGAGUCCGUCACUACGAAUUCUUCGAUCAGAUUCAAACCAAAUCCUCCUCAAAGGCGAUCAUCUGAUAUGCCGACUUCCGUGUCACCCACCUCUAAUAUAAUCUCAUCUGGAUCUAUUCUAAUUUCUAACAGUUCAAACCACACCGGAGCCACUACUUCUGGCUCUUCUCAAACAGUUGUUGAACAGUGUUCAUCUAGAUCUCCCUCUGGCAAUGUUGGUGAAAAAUCAACCACUCAGUUGUCUAUUGUCCCUCCAUCAACCACAUCACCACCUUCUAGAUCAUCCACACCAUCACCUCCCCCACCGCCACCCCCUAUGCAGUUACACUACCCUUAUCCUGGGAUGCAGGGACACUUAAACCAUACUUCACGAAGUCAAAGCGGUCCUCCACCUUUUCUUCCAAGUACAAAUACUAAUCGCCCUAUACCGAACUCAAUGUCUCAUACAGCUGUUGUACAGACCUCUAAAUCUAGAAACCUAGCUUCUCAUCAAUCAAGUCCUCCUUACCAACCGUCAUAUUCUUCUCCGAAUCACACUGUGGUCAUCCCUGGUAGAGCUGUUAAUAAUUCCAUUUAUUCAACACGUGGAGGGUCACGUAAACCUAUGUCUGUAAAUGUUCAGCAUACCAAUUUCCACCACAAUCCUCAUUCAACUCCUCGCCCUGUUUCCCCUUUUAUACAGUCUAAACCUGCAUCAGUUGCUCUUCAAUUCUCUCAACAUAGUAGUUUAGCACCAAACAGCACUUCACAUCCUUCGAUUGGUGGGCAUCAUUUUCCCACUCAUUCGUUGCAUCGUUCCCAUCCUUCUAUUGCUAAUCCUAUACCAUCAAAUGUUAGACCACGAAAUCCAAUCCAGAAUAGUCAAUCAGGACUUACUGUAGCGGUAUCAGUCAUGGGAGGUGGACAUACAAAUAUUAAUGGACAGUUGUGUAUAAAAUCAAAUUUAUGA